AGCUAGCUUUGUGUGCGAGUGCAGCAGCAGCAACAACAACAACAACAAGAAGAGCGAUAACAGCGACAACGUUGCAAAAGGAGCCAUAAAAAUGGAACAGCCGAGCAUACUCGUUAAAAUCCUGCAUUCAAUACCGCAUGUGAACUACACAUUUCGUCGGGUUAAUGACACCUUUAAUCUGGAUAGCGAUGUUUACCUAGAGAGCCUGGGCAUUCUGGCCUCCAUUCCCGCCGGCCUGCUGAUACUCUCGCUGCUUGGCCUGCUACUGUAUUUGUUGACGCGUUGCUGCGAUCGCAAGCAGCGCAAGCCGAGCGCCCAGCGUUGCCAGAGCUGCUCACUGGUCAUUAUAACGUUGAUGACCUGUGCAGCCAUUGGACUAGGUUUAUAUGGCAAUGAUGAUUUCCACAAUGGUCUGCUGCAGGCCUUCAGCUCCGGCAAGAAGGUGGAGAAUCUUGUGCUUAAUCUUAAACAAGAGACUGAAACCAUCAAGCGUGAUCUCGAAACGAAAAUGGCCUCCCACAAUGUGGUGGCUCAGGUGGAGAAGCCGCAUAAUCAAUCAAUCAAUCAAACGGCAGUCAUGCUGCUUAUCGCGACGUCCCGUUUGGUAAGCGAGAAUACUUCACGUGCAGUCACUUCGCUGGACAACAUGGUCCUCUACUUCAUGAAGACAAAGGGCAGUGAGAAUGAGACCUCUUUAAUGGGCAUACUGCACCUUGGCGAUUUGUACGAGUCCAUACGCUGGCCGGCUACAUUGGCUUUCCUCACCCUGCUGCUCUUCCUGUGCACUGUGCUCGUCAUUGGUGUCGCCCGUCGCUCCCGAUGCACUCUAAUCUUCUUCAGUGUUUCGGGCUUGUUUUGCAUCAUCAUCUGCUGGCUGCUAGCCGGCAUCUAUUUGGCCUCCAGCGUCGCAGCCGGCGACUUUUGUAUGCGUCCGCAUGAGUUCAUGUGCCGGCAGGUGGGCAUGCGGAGUCCAUAUGUCUACUUCCUCAACUGUGGCACGCUGCGCAAUCGGUUUAUCCUUCGCCUCAACGAGUCUCGGGAUCUUGUGGAGCGUGCUCGUGAGAGCGUUGAAAUAAUGCAACGCAUGAGCCAGGACACAUAUCCACGCAUUGACAUACAGCGCACCCUGAACGCCAUGGACAACGAUCUGGAGGAGACUAAACGAAAUCUGACCAAUCUUUCGGCCACACUGGACAGACGCGCCAUUGACCGCCACUAUGCCGAGGCACUGCAAGGCCUCUGCGGCAUUGGGUUGCUCGGCCUCAGCCUGAUGAUGGUCGCCGGAUUGCUUACCUCAUUUCUGCUCACUAUACUCGUCUAUGCGGACUCUCACGCCUGGAUUUAUUUGAGCAAGCGGCCCACACUCGACGGCGACAAGUCGGAGACGGCGCCACUAUUUUCCGCCUCAAAUGCACCCAGCGCAAGCAUUUCGCCGACGGCGCCGAUGAGCACGGGCACCAUUAACCGCACGCUUCUGCACCAUCAGCAGGCGCAUGGUGGACCCAUUGGCGGCAGCGUGGCCGGCGGAGCUGUGGCUGGACAGACGGGUACACUGCCAAGUGGCGGCAGCUUGGCCGGCGGCAAUGGGACCGGCUCAUAUAGGAAUGGCUCAGCAGGCCUGCGACAAGGGUUGGCAUCACCACCAUCAUCACAAUCAAGCAACAAUACAUCAACUUACCACCACCACAACAACAACCACCACUACAACCACAACCACACACAGCAUAGAACUAACUUAACGGCAGCGGCGUCGGCAGCGGCGGCCUCAUCGCUGGCCAGCCGCAACAACGGCGGUCGCCGUUCGCCGUCGCCGCCGCCCGGCUAUGAUUUGGUGCAUGGCACAAGAUCCGGCCACCAUACGCUGGGGCGUCUGCCAUCGCAUCACCAACAGUCAGCGUCGUAUUUGCCUGGCCCGAACAAUGGCAAAUACGCGACGCUCAGCAAGCAGUGUAAGACGCUCGAAUCGAACGACUUUUACUGAGAUUCGCUUGCCUGCAACACGUAUGCAGGCAAUAGCAACAACACGCAACAGCAACAGCAGCAGCAGCAACAACAACAGCAACAGCAACAACAACAGCAGCAACAACAACACAGCAGCACCACACUGAAAAACAUUUUCGCAUCGGCCACGCUGCCCCGCUCAACGGGCAGCUCCAUACGUUCCGUGCUGUCCGCCCAGACGGCUAACGCGAUGUGCAAGUCGACGGGCAAUGGACUGGAUGCUGACGGCCUGGUCGAUGAUCGGGAUCCGCGCGACGUCACCAACAACAGCUUCAAUCGCUUCGAUCCCAAAUACAUUAGCAUCGGCCCCAAAGCGGUGCGGGGCAACAACAAUCUGAACAUUGUGGCCGCCGCAACGGCAAACAAGUGUGCCACACUGCGUCAUGUUGGUCGCUACGGUGGCUCGUUGAAGGGCGCCUCGCCGUCGCCAAAUUUGCGUAGCGCCAAGACGCCCUCGAUAGCCACCGUGUCGAAGGAUUACUGCCAGCAGGCGGACUGCAUGCCUCAGGUCUAUGCCGGCGGCUCCACGGAUAUGCUGGUGCCCAGCACGACGCCAGCGGUGGUGCAGCAGCAACAGCAGCAGCAGCAGCAACAGCAGCAACAGCAGCAACAACAACAACAACAACCAUUGCAACAACAUCAGUUGCAAAUGCAGUUGGUGGCGCAGCAGGUCGCGCCACCACCACCGCCUCCGCAGCAGCAGCAAGUGCAGGCACAGCCACAGCUGCAACCACAGCACGCGCCACCUCCGCCACCCAAGCCAAAGAUAGUCAAUACCUUUACGGAGAUACCCGGCACAACCGGCGUGGGCAGCUCCUAUGCCAAAGAGCAACAGCAGCUGCUGGUUCUGCAACAGCAGCAACAGCAACAACUGCUUGCUCUGCAACAGCUACAGCAACAACAACAACAACAACAGCAACAACAACAGCAUCAUCCACCGACAACACACAUUCUGCCCCCCUCAGCCGUCUAUAGCAUUGAAAGCAGUGCGGUCUAUCCGACUCCAGCAGCUGCAGCUGCUGCUCAGCAGACAGCGCCAACGGCGGCGCCACGCGUGCAACGCUCCCUGAAUCCGGCCUCCAUAGUUAAUCAGCCGCUGCCAGAGAUACCCGUGCAGUCGCCCACCGGAAACAUUGGUGCUCCUAUCGCCCAAUCGAAGAUCAGUUCGCAGCCGUUGUGCGCUGCCACAUUGGGUCAAUAUCGAUCGCUGCAGCGACCACAAACAGCUGCACAGCAGAAGCUGCAGAUUGCCGCACAACAGCAGCAGCAGCCGCCGUCGCUGCCGCCCAAAAAUCGUCACAAGAACUCACGGGAUGCCAGCAAUGCCAAUCAUAUGCAAACGCUGCCGCCCAAAUCAGCCAGCUUGCGACAGCAGCAAUCCGCCAGUUUUGGUUAUGAACGCGAACGAGAUAGAGACCGUGAAAGAGAAAGGGAGCGUGAACGUGAACGUGAACGUGAACGUGACCGUGAGCGUGAGCGUGACAGAGAACGUGAAAGACCACGACGUGCUGAGGCGCUGGAUAAUGCGCGCAGCUAUGCGGAGCAGCAGCUGCAGCAGACAUCAUACGGAGCUCAGCCAAUGCUGAGCAGCAUGAAGAAGCAGCACUCCUACGACACCAGUACCUACCAUCACCAACAGCAGCAGGCUUACUACCAGCAACAGCAGCAGCAACGCCAACAUAACAACAACUAUCAUGGCACAGUCGCGAGCGGCGGCAGCAGCAGCAAGCAUCAUCACCAGCAGCAGCAGCAACAGCAGCAGCAGCAACAAUUACUGAUGGAGCAGCAGCAGGCAUUGUUCUAUCGCUCACUGAAGCGUGGUGGUGGUGGCGGUUCUGGUGCUGCUGCAGCGGCUGCUGCUCAUGUUAAUAGCGAUUUGUAUUCCGUAACGGAGUUGUAGGAGUGCGCCUGCUGCGGCGGCGGCGUUGAUGUUUUGCGACGUGCCACGAACUGUUCGACGGGCACGAGCACAGCAUCAGCGUCGCUGCACGCAGCAGCGGCGGCAGCCUCAGCCAGUACACAGACUCAAGCUCAAGCUCAAGCUCAAGCGCAGCUCAACCAGGCGCCCAUACCGCUACCGCCCAAAAAGCAUCGCGCACAGCAGCAACAGCAACAGCAGCAGCAACAACAAUCGCUGCCGGCCUGCAAUGCGAAUCUGUGCGAUGAUCACGAAUAUGACGAGUACUGUCCGCAGCAAUACGAGUCACAGCAGCAGCAGCAGCAGCCCACCCAACAGCAGCAGCAGCAGCAACGUCAUGGCAAACAGCAACGUGCUGCCACUUUUGACGUCACGGACGCACGCGACUAUGAGCUGAAGCGUCUGGGCAAUCGCCGUUCGCAACAGCAGGCGGCCAGCAGCAAGCGCAAUGGCGCCACUGCAGCAGCAGCAGCUGCUGCCGCCGCCGCCGCCGCAACAGCAGCAGCCAACGAGCAACAACAGCAGCAGCAGCAGCAGCAGCAGCAUCAUCAUCGCACACACGAUCGGGAGCGUUCACGCAGUGAUCAUCGCAUUGCCAGCUAUGCUUGCGAGGAUGCCACAACAACGGCGCUGUGUAGCGCUGGCUCCAUGAGUCUGCUGGCCGCCAAUGGAAGUGCACAGCAGCAGCAACAGCAACAGUCGCAUCGCAGCCACCAUCAGCUGCAACAACAACAACAACAACAACAACAGCAGCAGCAGCAGCGACGAGAAAAAACGUUUAAAGUAUGAUUUUUAGAGACGUCAUAAAAAUUGCCCAGCCCGCGACAAGUUGGCUACAACGACGACGUCGACGACAACUGCGGUGAUGGUGCAGCUACGCGCAGGCGACGCACGCACUAAAUUUUAACAACAACAACAACACCGAUAACGACGACGACGACGACGAUGAUGAAGCCAACUAGCGUUGCGGAUUUUUCUAAUAAUAAGAAAAUUGCACACACAAAACACACAAAAAAUCAAAAGCGAAAAUUCUCAAAAAUGUGACCCCAAAAAGCAAUUGGCCAAAACUGUGGCAUUUGUAUGCCUGCCCAGCCAACCCAUUAUAGCCCCCCUUCUUUCCUUCUGCCCGUACGUACCUUUAAAUAAUAUGUGAAAGAACUAGCAAUUUGUAUUGCCAAUUGGCCAAGUUAAAUGAAAAUCUAUUGCGAAAAUAUGCUCAAUUAAUUCAAAAGCGAAUGUUGCAAUUAAAUGUUGCAACUUGACGAUAAGCCGUGCCUCAUGCAAAUGCACACAACACAUACGCCACACAACAUAUACACACAAAAUACACCAACACACACACACACACACACACACACACAUACAUACAUACACAAAUAUACACAUACUUGUACAUGCCGCGCUCCUGCCCCGCCCUCAAAUAAUGCGCCGCCCUUUGUUCUCAUUCAUUUGUUACAGUUGCCACCUGCAGCAGUUUGUUGCAGCUGCUGCCAAUUUAUUAACAAUUGUUUGCUCCGUGUUGAUGUCUAUUGUUAUAUAUAAUUAUCAAACCAAUUUUUUUUAAUCUAUACGUAUAUAUAUACAUAUAUAUGCCUUACUCUAAUUAAUUGUAAAUGUGUUUAUAUUUACGUUUAGUGGAACUUGAUUAAGUUAAUUUAAGCCAUUAUUAUUUAUUUAUGCAAGUCCGCAGCUCCCCACAAACUACCAAAAUAACUUUAUUUAAGACCAACUAUUUUUUUUUUUUUAAUAAUUAUGUUUUUAUACCGGGAAUUUUUCAAUUUGUUUAUUAUUUAAAAAUCCGUCGCGAGACUGUAAACAGUGAAACGUUCGUAAUUUUUGUGACGUCAGAAAUCUAAUGAGAGAAGUAUUCAAAAACUAAACAAAAAAAGAAAAGAAAAAGAAACCAAAACGAAACAAAACAAAACAAAACAAAAAACAAAUCACAAACAAUAACAACAGUAAUUGUAAAACCAUUUUAAAUGUUGAAAGAGAAAAGAAAACUGCAGCGAGCAAUAUAAGUGAAAGAAAAGCAGCGCUGCAAGCCAUACAAAAAAAAAAUGCAAAACAAAAUUCUUUAACUAUUUUACAAUCUAACGAAAACAAAAACAAAAACCAAAAUAAAAUAUAUAUACAUACAUAUACAUAACAUAACAAACAUAUAUGCAUACAUAAUGAAUUACGUAUAUUCAAAACAUGAAAUUAUAAUGAUGAUAUAAUGAUGAUAUUAUUAACGAAUGUUCAGGUCAAUAACUGCAUUUAAAACAAAUUUGUUAGGCGUUAAAUAUAUGCUCCUUUUAUAUACAAAAAACAAAAACAAAAACAAAAAACAAAAAGAAAAGAAAAGAAAAUUACAUAUACAUAUACAUAUACAUACAACAUACAAGCUUACAUACCAUACAAUACAAUACCACAUACUACAAAAGACGUUUGCAUGGACAAAUGAUAACAGAAAUGAAUGUACAUUACAUAUUAUAUAAAAUAAAAUAAACAAUGAGAAAAUCCGAAAUAAUUCAAAAAUGGGAAUAGUAAUUCUUAAGCACAGCCAUUUAAUUCGUACAUAAUUUAAUGAUAUACAUGCAUAAAUAUGCACACAUGAUGAUGAUGAUGAUGAUGAUGAUGCAUACCUAAUGAGAAUAAGAGAAAUACAGCAAUGUUAACAAAAUGAUAUGGAAAUGCAUAAGAAAUUUAAACUCUGCUGUGCAGAUGCAAAUAAACAAAAAUCAAAUAAUAUACGAAAAAAAAAAAUAAAACA